AUGGCGGACCAGUCUGCGCCUUCUGGGGCCAAGGAUGCUGUCCUCGUUAAAUCCGAGGAUAUGCCCGCUGAUGCUCAAAAGGUGGAGGAGCUCGACUUCAACAAGCUCAAAGGCCCCAUCACCGCACACGAUCUCUUCAUCGGCAUGCGCCACAUGGGCUUUCAGGCUUCUGCCAUGAGCGAGGCCAUUCGAAUCAUAAAUGAAAUGCAAGCUUGGAGAGACCCAGACACUGGGGACAAAACCACUAUCUUUCUCGGCUACACUUCUAAUCUGAUAUCAUCUGGCCUCCGCGGUGUUCUUCGCUGGCUCGUCGAGCAUAAGCAUGUCUCUGCAAUUGUCACCACAGCUGGUGGCAUCGAGGAAGAUUUCAUCAAGUGCCUCGGCGAGACCUACAUGGGGUCCUUCAGCGCCGACGGGGCCGAUUUGCGCAAAAGGGGCCUGAAUCGCAUUGGAAACCUGCUUGUACCCAACGCCAACUACUGUGCUUUCGAGGACUGGGUGGUACCUAUUCUCGACAAGAUGCUCGAGGAGCAAGAAGCCAGCAAGGGCACCGACGACGAGAUCAAUUGGACCCCGUCCAAAAUCAUCCACCGCCUCGGCAAGGAGAUCAACGAUGAGCGCUCCGUCUACUACUGGGCCUAUAAGAACGAUAUUCCCGUCUUUUGCCCAGCGCUGACAGACGGCAGUCUCGGCGAUAUGCUCUACUUUCACACCUUUAAAUCCUCGCCUCAGCAGCUCAAAGUCGACAUCGUCGAGGACAUUCGCAAGAUCAACACCAUCUCCGUGCGUGCCAAGCGGGCUGGCAUGAUUAUACUGGGUGGCGGCGUUGUCAAGCAUCACAUUGCCAACGCAUGUCUCAUGCGUAACGGCGCAGAAUCUGCAGUAUAUAUCAACACAGGACAGGAGUUUGAUGGCAGUGAUGCUGGCGCCCGACCAGACGAGGCUGUGUCGUGGGGCAAGAUCAAAAUUGGCGCAGACAGUGUCAAAGUAUACAUGGAAGCGACAGCCUGCUUUCCAUUCAUUGUGGCCAACACUUUUGCCAAGGACAUCUGA